AUGACUGCCGCAAACAAUAUCAGAGGCCUCAUGGGCAAGGGUGUCCCGCCCACCCCCUCCUUCUUCUCCAUCAUCCGCGUCUCCGUCAUGGUUCUCUCGCUGGCCGUCCUCGCCGCCUGUGCCUACAACCUGUCGCUGCUCGGUGGCGUUUCCGGGACAAGCUACAGCGGCCCGCCGGGCUUUAUGCUCUUCGUCGCAAUCUUCACCCUCCUCAUCCUCGGCGGCGCCAUGAUUCUCGAGCGCUUCGCCCCGCAAAUCUACUUCCGCAUCGCCCUUCUCAUCGCCUACGGCACCAACGUCCUUUUCUGGCUGUCUGGCUGGGCCUGGUCCGCGAGCAUCGCUGCGCUGUUCCUGGGCAACACUUGCAUCGGGACGACCUGUUUCGGCCCGACGACCGAGGAGAAGCGGUACGGCGGGAGCAUGGCUGCUGCCGCUGCCAUUGGCGCUGUGAACUGGGUCAUGAUGAUUGCGGUCCUGUUCUGCUUCAUCAAGGGAUGCCUCGCGGACCCGGAUUGCUACGGCGUGUCUACCGGUCACGGCGCUGAGCUCGGUAGCAUCAAGGCCGAGAGCAAGGCACCUGCCCAGACGUCUGUCUCUGCGUAA